UGACCGUUUUCACCUGUUUCCUCUGUUGGGUUUUUGUCCCUUCUUUCUUCAAUCCUUAAUCCCUUAACCCGAUUUUUAUUUUUUUGUAUAAGUGAUAACUCUCUCUUAUUUUUACAUGGUUUCGAUUUAGAUUCUAGGUUUUUGUUUCAGGUAGCAAUUAUGGUAAUAUUGAUAUUCGUUUAUGAACGAAAAAGUUGGCAUGUGUUAAGACUUAAAAGGGAGGUACCACAAGGUGAGAAGCCAGAACCAGUGAGAACCCACCUGAGGAACAUGAUCAUUCCUGGUGAUCUUGAAAAAUCUCAGCUUGGAUUAGCUUAUAGCUACAGCAGAGCCAAGGUGAAGUUCAGUGUUAACCGAGUGGAUAACAUGGUUAUUCAAGCUAUUUUCCUCCUUGACGAGGAUAUCAAUUCCUUUGCCAUGAGAGUCAGGGAAUGGUAUUCGUGGCACUUCCCCGAGCUAGUGAAGAUAGUUAACGACAACUAUCUUUACGCCCAUGUUUUUUUUAUAGCAAUGAAUAAAUGUGUUUUUAGUAUCAAUUGUUCUGGGACGGUUAUUUUCUUACUUGUUGACAGGCCAUGAUUUAUCACCAGUUGACCUGAUCAACGUACAGACCUUUGCUCAGAGAGUUAUGGAUCUUGCUGACUACAGGAAGAAGCUAUAGGAAGAAGCUAACGUACAGACCUAAUUUGACAGCUUUGAUUGGAGAAAUGGAAGGAUGUCUCAGCAAAGAAAAGCAAGAAGAAGAAGAAGAAGAGGUGGUGGCAAUGGAAGAGGACAAGUGAGAGAAAAAGAAGAAGAAAGAAAAGAGGAAGAUGGAGAUAGCAGAGGAGAAUGAAAAAUCAGAGAAGAAGAAAAAGAAGAGUAAAGCUGGAGGAUAAGAGGAACAUGCUAGUUGUGAUUGUAUAGAGUAUGUAUAAAACUAUAAAUUAAUUAAGAAACGCAAUUUAUACAAAUUGCCAUCUUUCUAUAUAACAUUGAAUUGAGGCCA